GGUGGGAGGUGAGGGGGACCAGCGGCUGCAGAUUGGCUAGGGAACGGGCGAAGCCUGGGCUGGAGCCCCGUGGUGGGAGGCGCCUGGAUCACUCCGGCAGUGGCGCGGAGCAGAGGCUGCCACCUACUUGGACGACCCGAGCAGCGGACGGCUGCAGGGAGCAUCCCAGCCGGGGCGCACGCGGGGCAGCGGGGCGCCGAGCACCGAACCGUCGGGGCGGACGGCAACAUCCAGCCAUGCCGGUGGCCGGGGGCGCGCGGACGGCCGCCCUGGCGCUGCUGCUCGGGGCGCUGCAUGGGGCGCCGGCGCGCGGCCAGGAAUACGACUACUAUGGUUGGCAGGCCGAGCCGCUGCACGGCCGCUCCUACUCCAAGCCACCGCAGUGCCUCGACAUCCCCGCCGACCUGCCGCUCUGCCACACGGUGGGCUACAAGCGCAUGCGGCUGCCCAACCUGCUGGAGCACGAGAGCCUGGCCGAGGUGAAGCAGCAAGCAAGCAGCUGGCUGCCGCUGCUGGCCAAGCGCUGCCACUCGGACACCCAGGUCUUCCUCUGCUCGCUCUUCGCUCCUGUCUGCCUGGACCGACCCAUCUACCCCUGCCGCUCGUUGUGCGAAGCUGUGCGCGCCGGCUGCGCGCCGCUCAUGGAGGCCUACGGCUUCCCUUGGCCGGAGAUGCUUCAUUGCCACAAGUUCCCCCUGGACAACGACCUCUGCAUCGCGGUGCAGUUCGGGCACCUGCCUGCCACCGCGCCUCCAGUGACCAAGAUCUGUGCCCAGUGUGAGAUGGAGCACAGUGCUGACGGCCUCAUGGAGCAGAUGUGCUCCAGCGACUUCGUGGUCAAGAUGCGCAUUAAAGAGAUCAAGAUAGACAAUGGGGACCGCAAGUUGAUUGGUGCCCAGAAGAAGAAGAAGCUGCUCAAGGCAGGCCCCUUAAAGCGCAAGGACACCAAGAAGCUGGUCCUGCACAUGAAGAACGGGGCAAGCUGCCCCUGCCCACAGUUGGACAACCUGACGGGCAGCUUCCUGGUCAUGGGCCGCAAAGUAGAGGGACAGCUGCUGCUCACAGCCGUCUACCGCUGGGACAAGAAGAAUAAGGAAAUGAAGUUUGCAGUCAAAUUCAUGUUCUCCUACCCCUGUUCCCUCUACUACCCUUUUUUCUAUGGGGCAGGCGAGCCCCACUGAAGGGCCCUCCUCCUUGCCCCAACCAGCCAGCUGUGCCUUGCCUUGCCCUCUGUCCCCGCCCACUUAGCCUCACCCUCACUCCCAGGCUGACCCAUCCCCUGACAAGGAUGGCUUCAUGCAGCUACUGCUUGCACAGGCUCCAAAACAUAGGCGUGGCACUAUCCUCCUUGACUGAAGGGUUCUGGAAUCCUGGGGUCUGUCCGGGAAGGCCCCCUUUCCCAGGAGAAGGACUUUCUCUUCUGGGGGAAGCCCCGUGUCUGAGAAAACAGGCAGAGAAGGAAAACGGAAGGACGGAUACAGGGCCUCCCACGGAUGGAUACAGGGCCUCCCGCAGCCUGGGGAGGGCCUUUCCAGAAAGAAUUGUGGGUCUCACCGCUAAGCGGGUGGGGAACAGCUUUCCUCCCCUAUCCCCUUUGUGUGUCAUCACAGUCCUCCAAAGAGCAAGAGCCAAGGCCUCCAUGUCCUCCAGGCACACCCACUCCUCAUCUGGAGCUGAGCUGGGCUGGAGUGCAGGCUCAGCAGUGUCUGCAUUCACUGCCACAGGCUCGCUCCCUGGCUCCUGCUCGGCCUCCUCCAUCCCUGUCUCCUCCAUCCCUGUAUCCCAACCAAUGAUAAAUUAUUGCUACUUCUGUGAGGCCACUGGUUCUAGACAACAGAUUUGGUCCUUAAUUUUUUAAAGUUUUUAAUUAAAUAAAACAACAGUUGCUUUGGACCAAGUAA